CGGGAGCCCCAGAAGGUGGCGGGAGCUUUGGGGCACCCCCAAACACGGGCGGGAGGGGACCCCAAGUCUCUGGCGGCGCGUCCGCCCUUCGCGUGACAGGUCGUCCCGAAGGCAGGUGUUCCUGUGGGCCUGCCACCUUGCCUUUAGGGUCUCCGGGAGGGUGACGGGAUGCUCCUCUUGGCCCCUUUUUGUGGGAGCCCCGAGGCAGGGCCGGGAAGGGCUUCUCUCUGCGUUAGGAAGAAGCACUAGAGCUGUGUGCUGAGAUGCCAUCAACUCGCACGGUGUCCGGAGAGGGUAUGGGGCAGCUUGAGGGACUCAGGGAUGCCUCAGGUCCCUUCUGAAUAUAGAUUCUCUGACAAAACUGUCUUUAUAUGAAGCCAUUAUAAGAAACCUGGAGUUGCCUUCACCCAGGGUCGCAGGGUAGAAAAGAAACGUGGGGAUCAGUUUGAUUCUCUGAACUCUCUGCCCUUGUUAACUAACUGCAUGCGUUUGGACAAAAUAUUUAAUUUCUCUGGCAUUAUUUUCCUCAGCUUCCAGGCCUGCUACAUACAAAGGUUAGUUCUCCUUUGAUGUCAUUUCCAAGGUAGUGUCUGCCCACCCUCCGGUGGGUGCUUUUGUGGACCUCGUUCUCCAAACAGCGUUUUUAUUCUCUCUGGUUCCUAACUUCUGUCUCUCUCCUCUCUUUCUGCCAAUUCUGUCUCCUUUUCUUCCCCACCUGACUCUGUACACACACAUUCAUCUCUUUGGAAGAAGUGCAAUUUUGGGAGAGGGAGGAGCUCUGGGGUGAUUAAUGCGUGAUUGAAAGGUAAUGAUCAUGCAUUUAUGUCUCCAAAGCUCCAGAACCUAUUACCUCCAGCCUCCGGGAAUUUUAUUACAAUCUAUGUGUAGAAAAGUCACAGAAAAUUAAUGAUUUUGUAUUGCAUCAACUCAAAGGAGCGGAUGAAGAAAUCCAAAAGCAGUAAGGAAGAAAAAUAAUUGAUUAUAUCAAUAAUAUUCUGUGAUAUUCACCCAUGUGAAAAUCCUGGAAUACUGAGUGAUUUCAAAGCCAUUUGCACGUGCUUGGUAAAAUGGACAUAUCUUUUGAUUCAGAGUGGUAGAUUGUCACUGUUAGUAGUUCUCGAGGUGGAGAAGUCGUUGAUUGUUGCUGUUAGUAGGUCUUGGAGGUAGUGGAGUACAGUGACUGGAAAGGACACUAGACCAGCAAUCUCCAACUCUGGGUCUCCAGGUUUGUCCUUAACUCCUAUUUGCUGGUAGUUAUACAAAUCAUUGAAGUCUUCAAUGUUACUAUCUACCAAGUGGGGAUACUUUUAUGUGUGUGUGUGUGUGUGUGUGUGUGUGUGUGAGAGAGAGAAAAGCUAGGUUAUACAGUAUAUAUUAAAGUGCUUAGCAAAAUCUGUAGAAUAUUUAGUAGUUUUAAGUGACUUGAUGUAAAUCUAUAUUGCUGUACAUAUUUGGUUCCGAUUAAUGCUAUCCAUGUUGUUACUAUUUACACAUGAAGAAUAAAAUCCUCUUAUUUCGUUACUGACUUUGUUUGUAUUUUAACAGAUCAGAAAGGAUCACAUUAAACCUCGCUGGUAACAAUCAGUCAAUGCCAGUGGAAAGAAUAACAAAUGAAGAUUUUUUAGCUCUUUUUAAAACUUUAGAGAAGAAUCCAUAUAUUAAUGGUUUGGAUCUUAGAUAUAACUUCAUAAGUGAUGCUGGUGCAUACUAUGCUGCGAAACUGCUUCAGAAACAACACAAUUUCAUUUACUUAAACCUUAUGUUUAACGAUAUUGGGCCCAAAGGUGGAGAAUUGAUUGCUAAAGCACUACAUAAGAAUACAACUCUGAAAUACUUAAGAAUGACUGGAAACAAGAUUGAAAAUAAAGGUGGAAUGUGUUUUGCUGCAAUGUUACGAAUUAAUUCAUCCUUAGAGAAGUUAGAUCUGGGUGACACUGAUCUGGGAAUGCAGAGUGUGAUAGCAUUUGCUACAGUCCUGUCUCAGAACCAGACAAUUAAAGGAAUAAACCUAAACCGACCUAUACUGUUUGGUGAGCAGGAAGAGUCCACAGUCCAUCUAGGCCACAUGUUAAAGGAGAAUCACAGCCUUGUUACACUACACCUGAGUAAGCAUAAUGUGAAAAAUCCUGGCCUAAAACAGUUAUGUGAUGCACUAUAUUUGAACAGAAGCCUGCGCUACCUUGAUGUCAGCUGGUUGUCAGUAGUCAGCAACAACAUAAAGGGAGAAGGGCUUGUUGCACUUUCAGAGUCAAUGAAAACAAAUGCCACUCUCUCUAAUAUCUACAUUUGGGGAAACAAAUUUGAUGAGGCUACAUGUGUGGCAUAUUCAAAGUUAAUUGAAAUGGGCCGUCUAAAACCAGACGAUACAGAUGUACAGCCAUAUAAGGUGGAUGGACGUAUGUAUCUUUCAGAAGUCUCCAAUGGCCUUAAAAGGCACUAUUACUGGACACCAACUUAUGGAGAAGCUUUCAGCCACUCGUCUAAUGCAGGUUUCAGCCUUGUACCAGUAGGCCACCAGCUAUGACAAACAGCUCUAAAAUAAUUUUCACACAUUUGACUUAUUAUAUUCACAGAAAUGAACAUUUUAUUGCCUAUUUCAUAAAUUAGGACAAGUUACUUUUAUCAAACAUGUAAAAGAUAUGGCUAUAUUAAACUGUGUAUUA